AUGUUAAGCUACUUGUGUGGCUGCUACUCUGAAAACAGUUCUUACCUAGGCACUGACUCGCUGUCUCUGCAACUCUUCAAUUUACUAACUCCCAAGGGAGAAAAUAUUCUGUUCUGUUUUACAUCAUGUUGUCUGGAUGAUGUGAGGCAGAAAGUUCACCUUGGCACCUUUGGCUGCUUCAAGAAUGAGUUCAUGAUGGUCAAUGUCAGCAACCUUUCAAUGAAGGGACCUUGGAGCCUUGAUGACAAGAGCAACUCAGCACAAGCCAUUGUGUUGGCUACCAAGACUUCAGAACAAACACGUGAGUCUCAGCGCACGUAUGUGGGGAGCAACCAAAGUCCUAGCAGCCAAGGUGACAAGUCCAAAAGAAGCAUAACAGCAUCUCAGAAUGUAAUGGAGCAAGUGCACCGUUUUCGUAAAGAUAAAGGAACUGUUUCAUUCCAGCUUUAUUUUAAUAUCAGCUCUGAAAACGAAGUUCUAUACAGGCUUUGCUUCCACAAACGUGUUGGCAGUGAUGUGCAGACCAGUGAUCAGCUCCUGUUUAGCCUUGAUAUAGAGAUCAAGGAAAAGAACCCUGAAAGUUACCUCUCGGCAGGUGAGAUCCCACUUCCAAAACUCUACAUUUCUACGGCUUUCCUCCUCUUUCUUUCUGGGACCGUGUGGAUCCACAUCCUUCGUAAAUGCAGGAAUGAUGUGUUUGAUCACUGGCUAAUGGCAGCCCUCCCUGUCACACAGUCUCUGUCCUUGAUGUUCCGUGUGGUGCUGUCAGCCAAAAGGGCCAAAUCUUCAGCACAUGUUUGUUUUCUGUCCCUCUACAGAUUUGACUACCACUACGUUUCCUGUCAAGGAUUUUCCAUUGAGGGCUGGGCUGUUGUCUAUUACAUCACUUACCUAUCAGCAAAAGUCCUGGCAAAUGUGGCAUACAUCAUCGAAGAGGCAACAACUGACCAUGGGCUGUGGAAACAAAUUCUAUUCCUGGUAGACCUACUGUGUUGUGGAGUGAUCCUAUUUCCAGUAGUAUGGUCAAUAAGACACUUCAGCGAGAUCUCAGCCACAGGUGGGAAAGCUAUUAUCCUAGCAAAGCUGAAGCUGUUCAGACAUUACUACUUUAUGAUAGUAUGUUAUGUUUACUUCACACUGGUCAUUCCAAUUCUCAUCAAGUUUGCUGUUCCAUUCCAGUGAAAUUGGCUCUACCAGCUGUUGGAUGAAAUGGCAAUGUUUGUGUUCUUUGUUCUUAUGGGGUACAAGUUCUGUCCGGCAUCAGAUAACCCUUACCUCCCUCUCUCUUAGGAUUAUGAAGAUGACCUGAAGGUGGCAGCUGUGGUGGCUACUGCAGGGGUGAUGAAAAGCAUGGAGACAGUCAAGAAAGCGGUAAAUGGUUCAGCGGAGCUCCGGCACAAAUGGAAGAACGCAGCACAAGGGGCCGAUUCCACCGGACCAAGGCGGCACUUUCCAAGAAAACGUUGCUGUAUUAAUACUACUCCGCGGAAAGGGAGCAACCUGAGCUUCCCAACCCUGGGACUGCAGCCUGGGGGGUGUGGAGGGGAGCAAAACAUUGCAAAAAGCGAAUCAUUCUCUUUUAAGGAUAUGGGCUUAUUAUGGGAUAUUGUUACACACAAGGAAUCUGGAGCUUUCUUAGGGAUGCUGGGUGGCUUAUUUGCUUCACCCCUCCUUUCUGGAGCUAUUAGGACUUCUGAAUUGUUUGCAGUUGUGUACUCUGGAAUGGGUAAUAUCAAUGUGAAGAGAGACCUAUAGUGUGUGUGGGGGUAAAGUAAAUAUUUAUAUAAUGCAUAUACACACAUGCGGUGAGACACCUGUGCUGGAAAUUAUGAAGUGUCAUGAAAGGUGGGGAAGUGGGAGGGUCCAGCAGAGGAGCUUGUUCUUGUGGAAUGAAAAGGUGGGAGAAUCCCUGAAAGAAUUCUGUGACUAGCCUCUACUGCAGCACGAGUCUCCCCUCUUUUUAUACUGAGCCAUAUUGCCUUUGUUGGUGGCCUCUUGCCUCUGGCUAGGAUGUGUAGCAUCCAUAGGCUGCUGCCUGAGCAGCUGAAUCAGUCAGGAAGGCAUAUAGACUGCAGCUACCAGAUACUAGGCCUUAAUCUUCAUGAAGAGAUCUGGACAUUCAGUGUUAACUACGCUUCUACAGAAGAAUGGCAGUGUGGGGUUCCAUCAUGUAAAUGUGCUAACAUUUCUCCGAUGACAAACCCACUAGGGAUCGGAUUUGGUGAAUGACAGUUGCAGAACUCAAGUUUCCAGGGACUGGAGAAUUGGAACCACAGGGAGCUUUGUCUUUUCAGUAAAGACUGGAACAGGAUGCAGUGGAGUUUGGUUUCAGAAUGUAGAUUCAUUUCUCUUUUGGACUGGAGCUGAGAUCGCAGAGCUUUUAAUAAAUGAGUUUUAAAGAA